AUGAAUAAUUUAUAAUUGACUCCUGAAGAAGAUCAAUAUUUUAGACAACUUUGGAGCACUCUUGAUCCUUAAGGUAUUGGAAGUACUAAUGCCAAAGACACAAUUUUAUUUUUCAAAAAAAGUUAAUUGCCAUCGGAUAAACUAAAAGCUAUUUGGUUAAUGGCUGUUUCAAAUAAUGAAAACAAGUUGUACCAUUAGGAAUUUCUAACGAUUAUGAAAUUGAUAGCAUAUUGUUAAAACGGAUUUGAAUUGAAUCCUUAACUAUUAAUGGAAAAUAAAUAAGUCCGUUUGCCAGUGAUAGAUGGAUUUCCACAUCCUUAAUAAGUAUUGUUAUCCCCUUCCCUCGGGGCUUAUCAACAACCAAUUCCUCAACCUUCUCAAAUACCAAUUGCUCAACUAUAUCAAACAGCGCCUGUUAUAAAUUAACAAUAAUACAAACCCCCUUUAAUGCAAAUGGGGCAACAGGAUAAUUCAACUCAAUUUGAUAUUACUAAUGAACUUUAUGAGAGAUACAACUUACAUUACUAAUAACAAGAUAAAAAGUAAUAAGGCUACAUUGAAGGUGAAGCUGCAAAGGCAAUCUUUUUUAAAUCUGAACUAUCGAAUGAAAUACUAAAAGAAUUGUGGGCACUUGUUGAUACCAACUAAAAAGGAUUCUUAUUUAAGAAUGAAUACAUCGUUGCUAUUCAUUUGAUUGCUCUAUGUAGGAAAAAUAUCCCUUUGCCUUAAUACUUACCUGACUCGCUGUAAAGAUUAAUUGCACAAAGCUAACCUCAAUAAUCUAUCAUAAUUAAAGAUAUCAAAGUACAAUAUGACAAUCCAUAAAUCUCUCAAUCAAAUGAUACUAGAGUAUAAUCAGGGUAGUAAGCUUAGUUCUAAUAGAAUGGUGAAUUGCAGGCAUUAACUAUGCAAUAAUAAUAACUGCAAAAUCAAUUAAACUAAUUGGUUAUGCAAUUUUCAAGCAACUCUAAUAAUAAUGCGUAAAAACAAUUGAUUUAACAGAAAGAGAAAGAUAUAGAAUUUUUAAUUUAACAAAUGAAUAAAUUACAAUUAAUUUUUAAUAGUUUGAAGGCACAAGAAUAAGAACUACAGACAGAAAUAUAGAAAUGUUUAACGAAACCCUAAAUUUAAAAACCAAUAGCCCAACAGCAUCAAUAGGUCAAUUAUACAUAACCACCAUAUUAAAUAUAACAUUAACCUCCCUAAUAAAAUGAUUUUCUAAAUGUAAACUACUCUCAAAAUUUGAGUAUCAACACCACUAACUACCCCUCUUUAUCCGUUGAUAAUCCAAAUCAUUAAGUUAAUUACUAGUUAUAAGAUGGAUAUGAAAACUAUCAAAAAUAGAAUAGUGGAACCUAGGAUAUACCAUGGUGA